ACCGAUGAAAAAAGGCCAUGUUGCCACUAUAAUCUAAGGCUUGGAACAAAAGGUCUGUCUAGCUUUACAUAAGUUCCCUUUACAUUUUAAAUCGUAUUUGUUUGUAAAACUUAGCGUGAAGAGUUUCGUGCACAGUGCGGCGAAGGAAUAUUGGUCCAAAAAAUGAUUUAGAUAUACAAUUUACCAGUAUAAUCAUGUGUUCUCGAACGCUAACUUUGCCAAAUUAGAUGCUUGGAAUGGUCAGUGACAUCGCGUGCGAAAUUGUAUUUUCUCAAUUAUUUACUCAAUUUUUUUUUAAAAUUCAAAAACUUUCUCAGUUUAAAUGUGCUAAGAAUCUCACUAAAAUGGUUUUAAUGAGCACUUCUAGAGCGUUAAGUCGUUCCAGGGACACUUUUCCUCUCUUAUUCAGAGCAAAUGAAAUACUCAUUCCGCUAAUCCUAUAUAUUCGAACGCAAAUCUUCUUUCUCCUAAUUAUCAUUUGCGCAAAAACAAUAGAGGACUUUUUCCCGCCACGUGUACAAUGUAGCAGAAAGUCUUAUCUAAUAUUCGACCAAUCCUAAGGCUGCAUUUAGAAUAUGAUUAUUAUGAUCCAAUCACAAUGCGUCAAAGUUUGUUUUGAAGUGUGAAAAAUGCGCGCGACUAGGAGGAAAACUGACGCGUUAGCGACUCAACAGCUGAUCGCUGCUAACAAAAGCUAUUAACAUGUUCCAUGGUCUAUUCAGAUAUACUGCCAGGGCGGCAUAAAUAUUCGAACAUAGAUGAAAAAAAAAGAGAAAGGUGACCCACUAUUUUCUGUACUACGAAAAACCCGGCGACAGCAUUGUGCCUCCUUCUACACCUUUGUAGGUGUGAAUGAAAAUCUCUGAACUGACGAGGAACGAGUUUACGUUCGGCGCAUGGAUAUAUGAUAAACACAAUUUACCAAUGAAGGUCUUUUAGUCUUUUACAGCUGACAGAGUCACAGACAAGUUCGGAAUUAAUCCACACCCGUGAAGAAAACUGGAAUUAUUUUUUAACAUUAUCAGCAACAGGCCAGCUUUUCUUCUUGGUUUCCUUAAGGCUUCAAAUGACAUUUUCUUAAUUUCCAAGAACUACUUUAGCGGCGAACAUUCGUAAAGAUGACUGGAAUAAGUCAAAUACAUUUUGGCUGAUAAAAUCACUGGAGGAAGUCUCAUCUUGACGAGUUAUUUGCCUAAGAUUUGGUAAAGUAUAAUAAUUUGAAAGUCCCACGGUUCUAUAGUUAUGUCACAGCCGAAAAAGACUCGAAAGACGCGCUCGAGAUCGUCGCGCGGGAAAACAACUCGCGACGAAUCUCGCUUUGGCAUUCGUUAUUUACAUCAUCAUAUGUUCGCGGGAGACACGCCUGGUGAUCAACAACUCUGCCCGUAUGAGUGCAAAUGCGGCGCGUCGAUGUCUUCAAUUUACAGCAGAAAGACGCUGACUCUGCUCGUAAUUUCAAUUCUUGUUCUUCUGAUCGGCGUUACAUUUAUGCUGGUCGGCUACCUGAUUCCUCGAAGAUCAGUCGUUUACUUGGAGAAAAGCGAUGGUACUCGAACGAUAGUGGAUAAAACUGCCAUUUCGUUCAACACACUGUUGGACGAUUUCACUCUGGUUGGAACAGCACUGGUGCCGCUAGGAGCUUUAUUAUUCUGUGUCAUACUAAUCGUACCACUCUGUAGUUCGUCUUCGGUUCAGAAGAAAGGGCAAUAUUUCAAAGCACCAACUGAGGACGCGGCUUCCUCGGUGACGAAGACCAAAACUCCGGAAACUGCGUCAGUCGCUUCAGAGGACGGUCGCUCACUGAGCAGCGCUUCAUCUCAAUCAACGAUUCAAAAAAUUCCUGUUCUAGCUCUCGUCCACAACGUUCAACCGGAGCAAAAAUCUAAUAGUGCUGGGUCUUCUGUGGGUAAAGGCAGAGAAUACAGAAAGAAAACUGGCAAAUUUAAGGAUUCAUUUGACGAGGAAGAGGAGGAGGAAUAAUUUGGCCGUAAAAAAAUACAACCUGAAUUUCCUGUCUUAAAAGAUUGGCUGUAUAUUAUUCUUAUGAUUUAAUUUUGUUAAAUUCUGAGGAUUGAUUUUUAUGUUUUUCACCAUUAUCGCUGUUGUAAGUUUGUAUAAUUUUCAACAGAAAACGAAUUUAAUGAUCCUUGAGUGUCGAAUCCAAAUUCUCACUCUUAGCCGGUACACUACAAAUCAAGAUCACAAAUGAAAUGAAUUUCCAUAUUUUUGUACGAAAAAGAAAAUAUACCGGCAUCUCCCAAUUAACAUAGUUAUUUAAAUUUCCGCUUAAGGAGAAAGCUGGAUUUGUAUCGGAAGGGAAGCGAAGGAUGGAAGAGUGUCACAAUAUUUGCUCGGGAAAAUAAAAACUGUCGAAAGACAAGGAAGCUGGGAGAGGGUGUAUUCACCAGUGUCAAUAAAGAGGAUUUAAAUCAUUUA